UAAUCCAAUUUGUCGAGUAAAUUACAUUAUGAGUGCCGUAGACUUCCAGCCCGUCCCGACCAGGGAUAUGCAUGAAAAUUUUUUACGAGCGGUCGUGGAAAUCCUCUUUGAAAACGUAGUUUUUGCCUCGAAUCAAACCAAAGUGGUGCUGUGGCAGCCGCCGCAAAAGCUCGAACAGUGUUUUGAUUUUUCUCUAGGGCAAAAUGGCGUGACUCAAGAGAAAUUGCUCGUGUUCUUGAAAAAUACGAUCAAAUUCAGCGUGAAAACUGGCCACAGAUACUUCAUCAACCAGCUGUUUUCGGGGUUGGACCCCUACGGCCUGGCAGGACAAUGGUUGACGGACGCGCUGAAUGCCAGCGUGUACACUUACGAAGUGGCUCCAGUUUUUACCCUCAUGGAGACACAUAUCAUAGGAGAAGUUUGUCGAAUGGUCGGACCACAGUGGGGCGACGGCAUGUUUUGUCCAGGAGGGUCUACCGCUAAUGGCACUGCCAUCAACUUGGCCAGAUUCCGCUAUUGUCCCGAUAUUAAGAAGUCGGGAAGUUGUGGUCUGUCACGAUUCGUAUUAUUCACCUCCGAGGAGUGCCAUUACUCCAUCCACAAGUUCGCUUCCUUUAUCGGAAUAGGGGAAGAUAACGUCAUCCUGAUAUCGACAGAUAGUAUCGGACAGAUCGUCCCUGAAGAUCUCGACGAAAAAAUUAAAAAGGAACUAGCUGAAGGCGCGAUUCCACUCGCUGUAAUUGCUACAUUAGGUACGACCGUGCGAGGGGCCUUCGACCCAAUAUGCGAGAUUGCCGAAAUUUGCAAAAAGUACAACAUAUGGCUACACAUCGAUGCGGCCUGGGGCGGCGGUUUAAUUUUCUCGCAAAAACAUAGAGCAAAACUUAAUGGGAUAGAAAGGGCGGACUCCAUAGUCAUUAACCCACAUAAACUUUUGGCGGUACCUCAACAAUGCUCGAUACUUUUAGUGAAAAACAGAGAUAUAUUGUACGAGUGUCAUUCGAAACAUGCUGAGUAUCUCUUUCAAAAAGAUAAAUAUUACGAUAAAUCCUAUGACUUGGGAGAUAAAUAUCUGCAAUGUGGGCGGAAAUGCGAUGUCUUCAAAUUCUGGUUCAUGUGGAAAGCCAAAGGCUCUUCCGGGUUCGCAAAUCAUAUCGACACUUUAAUGGACUUGGCUGAAUAUUUUGAAGGACAAAUUCGUGAAAGACCCGAAUUUAUGCUGGUCUCGCCACGCCAGUAUAUGAAUGUUUGCUUCUGGUAUUUGCCCAGAUAUUUGCAAGGAAAGCAAAACAUUCUGGAUUACAGUGCCCAACUUCACAAGGUGGCACCACAGAUUAAAGCAAUGAUGAUAAAACAUGGAUCUGUAAUGAUGGGGUACCAGCCUUUAAAAAAACUACCCAAUUUCUUCCGUUUUGUUUCUCAAAACUCAUCGGUUACAAAAAAGGACGUUACGUACAUUCUCGAUCUAAUUUCAGAAAUCGGAACUGCUAUUUACAAGUAACUGUAGAGCUCCAACCAAGUGUCUUAAAAUUUAGCUAGUGGCUACGAGAUGGCAGACUCAACUAAAAUAUAUAUUGUCAAAUAUAUUAUAUGAGACGUGGACACCGUGGAAAUAAAGUGCAUCUAUACCACAGAUUAAUCUGUGUCUAUACUCGUA